AUGGCUCACAUCCUCACUAACUCUCCAGUUGGCUUGAUCUGCCGCUGGCUCUCGAGGGGUUGUCUGUUUAAGCCCACUGAGGAGAGGCCAGAGUUUAAGUUACCCCGGGCAUAUCAACUUGCUGCAGCUGGCAGCAAUAUCCCUCAUGACCAGUCGAGCACACUAGAGGGUGAGAAGGGGACCCACAUCGGAAAUGAAUCAGUGUCCGAAGGCAGCACUCAGGUCAAGGCACAGAGCCCAUCCGUGAUACAGCAACAGCAACAAGAGCAGCAACAACCCUUAUGGAACGAACCCACAAUUAUGUCCGAUGGGUCAAUUAGAGUCGACUGGUAUUCCGAUCAGGACCCUGACAAUCCGCAUAACUGGUCAAUCGCCGCAAAGCUCCUGGUGUGUAUUUCGGUCAACCUCUUCACAUUCAUGGUCUACAUGUCAGUCGCCAUCUUCUCGCCUGCAGAGGGAGAAUUCAUGACACUGUUCGGCGUAAAUCGCUCUGUGAGCGCCAUGGGGAUGGCACUGUCUGUGCUGGGGUAUGGUACAGGGCCUAUGAUUUUCAGUCCCCUUUCAGAAAUCCCAUCAAUAGGUCGCAAUCCGCCUUAUGGGAUUUCUGUCACAGUCUUUUUACUACUCAGUAUUCCGACUGCGCUCGUUAAUAAUGUCCCGGGUUUUUUGAUUUUGCGGUUUCUGCAGGGCUUCUUUGGUUCCCCCGGGCUGGCUACCGGCGGCGCAUCCAUCGCCGACGUUACUGACCUUGCGAAUCUUCCGUAUGGCCUCUACAUCUGGGGGACUUGCUCCGUCGCAGGUCCGGCCGUCGCCCCAGUUAUUGCAGGCUUUAGUGUCCCCGUGAAGGGCUGGCACUGGUCUAUGUGGGAAGUUCUCUGGGCCGCAGGCAUCUGUUUUGUAUUUCUCAUCUUCCUGCCCGAGACCUCCGGUCCAGCCAUUCUACAUCUGCGCGCAAAAAGGCUCCGAGCUCUUACAGGCAACCCGGCCUUCCAAUCCCAGUCCGAGAUUGAGGUCAAAAACACUUCGACUAUGCAAACUCUUUACCAGGCCUUGGUCAUUCCUUGGAAGAUCAAUGCGCUGGACCCUGCCAUUCUCUUCAGCACGAUCUAUAUCGGGCUUGUCUACGCCAUCUUCUACUCGUACUUCGAGGUCCUGCCGCUCGUAUACAUUGGAAUUUACCAUAUGACCCUUGGGCAGCUUGGUCUGAUCUUCCUGGCCGCAAUCGUGGGUACCGUCGUAGUCAUCCCAUACUACUUCUGGUUCACCCACUACUCCCUGAACGGGGACUUUCGUCGGGGUCAAGUUCCCCAGCCAGAAAAAAGACUCAUUCCCGCGCUUUUUGGAAGUAUCCUUGUACCUAUUGGCUUGUUUAUUUUUGCGUGGACCUCGCGUGAAUCCAUCCACUGGAUAGUCCCGACGGUGGGUAUGGUCCUGGAGGUAGCAGGCAUGGCGCUUGUUCUUCAGUGUAUAUUCAGCUACAUUGCCGUGGCUUAUGUCACCUAUAGUGCCAGUCUGUUUGCGAUCAAUGAUAUGUGUCGUGCAUAUCUCGCAUUUGGGGCGAUUCUUGUGUCCGGACCUAUCCAGGGGGCGACCGUGUUGGCGGGUCUUACCGUGGGCUGUGUGGGAGGCAUGUUUUUGUUGUACUGGCUUGGGCCGGAGUUGCGGAGGCGAAGUAGAUUUGCCCAGCGUGGUUAA